AUGCCGACCGCGCAUCAUCCCGACCGCGAACGUUACAGCGGAAUUGGUUUCGCGCAACAACCCACCCAGAAUGCCGCGAACUUGACAGUACCCAGCAUGCAGCCUCCACACACAGGAGCAGCCGCGAACGGCAUUCUUUUCGGAAUGCCGAUCGGACAGCAUCCCGACCGCGAACGCUACAGCGGUGUAGGUUUUGGGCACCCACCGACUCAGUCAGCCGCGAAUUUGGCGUCACCCAGCGGAGUAGGUUUUGCGCAUCCACCGACUCAAUCAGCCGCGAACAUGGCGUCACCCAGCGGAGUAGCCCCACGGACCGCAGAGCCAUCUCACACGCAGAUUGAUCCGCGAACGUCCGUUACAGAAGCCAACCACAAAGAACAGGAGCGCGUGACGGAGCCACAGGGCAGAAACGCAGAUGUGGAGGAUGACGAUGAUGACGAAGAUGACGCGAUGCCUGAUCUGAAUCUGAGACGCCCAGGAGAGCGAACGGGGGACGGUGCUGCAGGAGGUGUCGGUGGAACACCAGAGAAUGAGAUUCGUCCUCACAGUAUCGAGAUACGGCCCCGAGAAGCAGCGGAACUGAACGAAAUGUUGACGGGAGUGGAGAGGGUGCAGAGUCUCAUUACCAACAAGGCGAUAGCCGACUGGAUGAAGCUUCCCGCGAGCACGGGCGUUAGCUCGAAGUUGCAUUUCGUCCGCAACAUCUUGCGUGUGUUGAGCCCCAAAACGCGGAAAAAAUACGUCGCGGCGAUAAGGGAGUUCAAACGCUGGUUUGCUCACGAGGUUCCACAUCUCCUACGGGACGACUUUCCUGAAGACGCGAAAAUGGCACAUGAGGAUGAGGUGGGCUAUUUGCUUGGGAUGGACAGGGGUGCAGCGUGGGAGUCAGCACCCGAUGAGGACUGUCUGUUCCAUGGUCCGCGAAUUACACGCUGGCGGCUGAAAAUGUUCAUCACGUAUUGCUCGACGGAGUCACCUAAACAGGCGCGAAUGCUAGCAAGGCUUAACCCCAAGACUCCCAUUCGUAAAAGAGUUGCAUGCAGCGUGUCAAUGGUCAAAGCCCGGUUCACCGCGCUGAAGACCCAAUGCAGGGCAGAGACGGUGUUGCUGGAGGGAGAGGACCUCACGACAAAUGUGGACGAGGUUGCGGUCGUGGUGUCCCUCAUGAUGCGCCAGCAAUACAAGAAGUUCAAGGAGUAA